AUGGCCGAUAUUAUGCACUCCAAUGGUUGCCACGCCAGAGUCCACGGUCGGUCUUACCUGGUCAUUUAUUACAGGUGUCGUCCCACCUUUGGAGUCCCCCAAACAAACACUGGUUGGCGUACAAGACACUCUAAUGAUGGUUCUGGGGCCGACAUCUGUGUCACAUGCAGAGGUGUGUUUACUGGGUUCUGGAGAGUUAGUAGGGGGAGAGGAUUGGAGGAGGAAAUUUAA